AUGGCAGAAUCGAAGUGUAACGUUUCCGCUCCUCACUUGAACUCAAUUUUACAGAUGGAUCCUUACCUCAAACCCUUUGAAAACGACUUCCAGAGGAGGUAUGGGCUGUUUAAGAAGCAGCUCGCUCUCCUUGAGGAGUCCGAAGGAGGCUUUGAUCAGUUCACACGCAGCUAUACGAGUUACGGAGUACAGCGGAUGCCAGACAACAGCCUCAUCUUUAAGGAGUGGGCCCCGGCUGCUGAGGCUCUGUUCCUCACUGGAGACUUCAAUGGCUGGGAUAAUUUUUCAUAUCCCUACACUAAAAAGGAGUUUGGGAAAUGGGAGCUGCACAUACCCCCAAAAGAGGACAAGACACCUGCUGUCACUCAUAACUCCAAGCUGAAGGUGGUUGUUCACACCAGAACAGGAGAGCGGCUGUACCGAAUCUCACCUUGGGCAAAGUAUGUGAACAGGCAUGAGAAGUCCGUCAUCUAUGAUUGGGUGCACUGGGACCCUCCUCAACCUUACAUUCACAAGCACCCUCGUCCACAGAAGCCCAGGAGCUUGCGGAUAUACGAGUCCCAUGUUGGCAUUGCAUCUCCGGAGGGCAAAGUGGCAUCCUACAGCAACUUUACACACAACGUGCUGCCUAAAAUCAAAGAUCUUGGUUAUAACUGCAUUCAGUUGAUGGCGAUCAUGGAGCACGCCUACUACGCUAGCUUCGGUUACCAGAUCACGAGUUUCUUCGCAGCAUCAAGUCGUUUCGGCACCCCAGAGGAACUCAAGGAGCUGAUUGACGUGGCUCACUCUCUGGGUAUCAUCGUCCUGCUCGAUGUGGUGCACAGCCACGCAUCCAAGAACACAGAGGACGGGCUGAACCAAUUUGACGGCUCUGACUCCUGUUUCUUCCACAGCGGGCCCCGUGGAGAACACAGCCUCUGGGACAGCAGACUCUUCAACUACUCUAGCUGGGAGGUGUUGCGAUUUCUCCUGUCAAACCUGCGCUGGUGGUUGGAGGAGUACAGAUUUGAUGGAUUCAGGUUUGAUGGAGUAACAUCCAUGCUCUACCAUCAUCACGGGAUUGGAUCAGGAUUUUCUGGGGAUUAUGCUGAAUACUUUGGACUCCAGGUAGACGAGGAUUCUCUUGUCUACCUCAUGUUGGCGAACCAUAUUUUGCACACCCUCUAUGAAGACUGCAUCACUAUCGCAGAGGAAGUGUCCGGUAUGCCCUCCCUUUGCUGUCCAGUCCAAGAAGGAGGUCUGGGUUUCGACUAUCGCCUGGCCAUGGCCAUACCAGACAAAUGGAUUCAAAUCAUUAAGGAGUUCAAGGAUGAAGAUUGGAACAUGGGAAACAUUGUGUUCACGAUGACCAACCGGCGGUACGGCGAGAAAUGCAUCGCUUACGCCGAAAGCCACGACCAGGCCCUGGUGGGAGACAAAACUCUGGCCUUCUGGCUGAUGGACAAGGAGAUGUACACCAGCAUGAGCACUUUGAUUCCCAUGAACCCCGUUAUUGAUCGAGGCAUCCAGCUCCACAAGAUGAUCCGACUGCUUACCCACAGCCUGGGAGGAGAGGGUUACUUAAACUUCAUGGGCAAUGAGUUCGGCCAUCCAGAAUGGCUGGAUUUUCCCCGAGUCGGCAACAAUGAGAGUUAUCAUUACGCGCGCCGGCAGUUCAACCUCGUGGACACGGAUCACCUGCGUUACUGGCAGCUGUACGCUUUCGACCGAGACAUGAACCGCACAGAGGACAAGUACGGCUGGCUGGCUGCUCCCCCGGCUAACGUCAGCGUCAAACACGAAGGAGACAAGGUGAUUGUCUUCGAGAGGGCCAACGUCAUCUUCAUCUUUAACUUCCACCCAACCAACAGCUACAGCAGCUACAGAGUGGCAGUGAGGCCGCCGGGGAAAUAUAAGAUCAAACUGGACUCCGAUGGAAUCCAGUAUGGAGGCCAUGGCCGACUGGACCACAACACUGACUUCUUCACUGAGCCAAUGGAAUUCAACAAUCUGCCCAACUCUAUGUUGGUUUACAUUCCCUGCAGAACCGCGAUUGUUCUGGUCAACGAGGAAAUCGAUUACUGCUACUGAAACCCAAUCAGCGAUUCACCGCGAUAUUGGAAACCCAGCACACUUGUGACUCAACAUACCUCCAUUCACAGCAUGUUUGCCAUCAUCCUUUAGAAAGCCCACCACCAAACUGAAUUGGGUACAAAUUGUUAUGAAUACCUUCUACCCCAUUUAUCUACAAGUCAUAGUUCACACAUUAUUGAUUAUCAAGAAUUAGUUUCCCAAUAUCCCACUGCCCAGCUGGUUUGAAAUGGUUAGAUCAUUGCCAGAUUUUUCUGCCUGAUCCAGAGUGCAUCUUAAUUACUACUGAAAUUGCUAUUUAAUAAUGUUGAGGUAAAUAAUCACUUUGACUGUGGUCAGUAUUAUAAGCAAUACUAGUCAGCACUGUAUUUAUGAUAAUGUAAUCGUGAAAAGUACAUCUUUCUGCUAGUUCAAUUGAUACAAGCAUUUUCUGACAUGCUGUGUCAGUGCUUUUAACUUACGUAUAAAUAUUAAUGUGCACUAUGUAUUCACUUGUCCAAGUAAAAAUAUUAUAAUAAAAAUAAUAGUUUGAGAACGUU